AUGGCUGGAAGAAUCGGAGAAAAAAAGCAAACCCCCAUCCUCCCCGAUCUACCAUCUACCUCAGAGAUUCGUAAGCUUCACGCUGCAAGAUCCUCCCGUGUACCGGCCAUCUCGUCGACUUCAUGUUCUGAGAUGCCUCCAAUCAACUUCGGCAGCUACCAGACGAAGAUCUACAACGAGGGUGCGCUGGGCAAACUUCCUGCUGUGACAACAAACCCAGCACUCCUCGACCAACAUGCCCGGAAAGUUCUCAGUCCUCGUGCAUACAGCUAUGUCGCCACCGGGGCAGGGGAGAAAGCAACGAUGGAUGCCAACCGGCUAGCAUUUCGUCAAUGGAAGAUUCCCAAGAGUUAUGAGGCCGGUUGGUUUACCCCUCUCUUCUUCUCCAGUAUCGGCCAGAUGGACAAUCAAAGUAUCUCCGUCAACCUCUUCGGUCAAGUAUACAAAUCCCCUCUCAUCGUUGGGCCAGUAGGCGUGCAAGGCCUCUUCCACAGCGACAAAGAAACUGGUGUUGCCGAGGUCUGUGCAGAACUUGAGGUGCCCUACACCCUAAGCACAGCAAGCAGCAGCUCGAUUGAGGAGGUUGCUGCAGCCAAUAAAUCCGGCCAUCGAUGGUUCCAGCUUUAUUGGGUGCACGACAAGAAUAUCCUCCUCUCGUUGCUCAAACGCGCCAAGGAGAAUGGAUAUACAGUUUUGGUGGUGUCGCUUGACACAUGGACAUUGGGAUGGCGGCCUACAGAUCUUGAUCAGGGAUAUUUUCCAUUUUAUCGGGGAAUCGGGAAUGAGGUGGGUUUCACGGAUCCGGUGUUUAGGACCAAGUAUGAGAAGAUAGGUGGAAAGAUCGAGGAGGAUAUUAUUGGCGCUGCGAAUGCUUGGGUUGCAGAGCUGAAUGAAAAGCCGCAUACGUGGGAAGAAGUUGACUUCUUGAGGAAGCAUUGGAAGGGUCCGAUUGUGUUGAAAGGGAUUCAGCAUGUAGAUGAUGCUAGGAGGGCACUGGAGACAGGGUGUGAAGGGUUGGUCGUUUCGAACCAUGGGGGUCGACAGGUUGAUGGCGCUAUUGCGUCGUUGGAUGCGCUUCCAGAGAUUGUGGAUGCGGUGGGUGACAAGAUGACGGUGAUGUUUGAUUCUGGAAUAAGAACUGGGGCGGAUAUCAUGAAGGCAUUGUGUCUUGGGGCGAAGGCCGUUCUGAUCGGCAGGCCUGUCAUAUAUGGCCUUGCUAUCGAUGGGAAGAGGGGUGCAAAAUCUGUGAUUGAGGGUUUACUUGCAGAUCUGUGGCAGGGUAUGGGAUUGGCGGGAAUGGAGACGGUUGCUGAUUGCAGCCGCGAUUGUAUGAGGAGAAUCAAGUAUCCUGGCGACAUUAAGAGCAUGUUGUGA